AUGUUCUUCGAUCCAGCAGGCCUUGUUCCCUGUGAGCUCGAGUGCGAAGUAAAGGACCCCAACUCGCUGCAAAAUGGAGAUGACGAUGGGAGAUUUUCUAUAAUAUCUGGGCUCACUGCCUCGCUUGAGCUUCUACGGUAUGAGAAGGAAGCUCCUAAACGAAAACAUGGCUCCACAGUGUUUCGUCCAAUGACUAACAAAAACGGAUCUCUGGAGUAUCAAAAUUGUUUGCGGAAGCACUGUGACAUAGAUUCGAUUAUUGUGGUACACUUCUUUGCGGCUAUGGUAUAUAUGUAUAUCGAUCCAGUGAAAAUUCAAGCACUGCCCGGACCACUACUAUUCCCCAAACGACUUCGUCAUUCUUUCAUUUGCGCUGGGGUGGUUAAACCCUCUCUGUUUAGCCCAAAUGGAAGCGUUGACGAUCAGUAUCAUCAACAGUCGCAGAUGACUUACCUCACGGCUUAG